AUGAGCCCGAUCGCUUCCCUGUGUACAUCUGCUGUGCUCACUCCUGCCCAGGGAGAAACGCUUCUAAAAAGCACAAGACACUAAUAGGGCACCGGGAUAUCACCAGCCCUCCAUGGAAGGGAAGCCUCAGCUAGGAUCUCAUCAGUGACACCUCCUUUACCUUUGGAUUAUCAUAUACAGUGGGAAGAUGAUACAUUUCUCUACAAGGUCAAUGCCAGCUUCCCUGUGCCCAGGAUCCAGGCAUUAGGGACGGAACUUACCAUGAACUAGGAGAAUCCUGUGUGUUUGCGGCCGCUUUGAUCAGUUGGAAUCCCAAGCCCUCUGCUCUUCAUUCAUCUUCAUUCAUGGUCUAAGAACUUCACCAGCUUUUGAAACCUGCCACCUUUCCUCUCGGGACAAUCCUGCCUAGAAACUGUAACCAAGGAAGGAAGAUUCCAUGGGGACUGUACCUGAUCCUGUGGGAUCUGCCAAAACAUCACCCACAUCUGCUGAAGAUGAAAGUUCUUCCUUGGCAACGUCUCACCAGGUUAAAGAGGCAUCACCCAGUAGUAACGGAAAUGCUACACAAAUAUCAAAUGUUUGUUUAUCAAAUCAAAAUUGCAAUCCAUCCGUGAAAAGCUCUGAUAAUGAAAAUAAAUGUGAACGUGAACCAGAAGAAGCAAAGAAGACUUCACCUUUAUUUCGGACUAGUAGCCAAUCAGAACCCUUGCCACCUUCAGGGGCAGAUAAUUUAUCAGAGCAAGACACAAAAACUAUUAAAGAUCCUACCUAUAAUGCCUCUCCUAAUGAUAACACAGUACUAUUAGCCACAUCCGUAGCAACAACCAAUGUAACACACUUGACAAGUGAUGAACCAGCAACAGAGGAGAGUAACCUGCAAAAAAACAGAACUGUAUUAGAAGACGUUGUUAAAGCACAGCUUACAGUAGAGACCUGUACAACUACAACCCAGCUAACUGAAAUGUCACCAAACAUGGAGACUGUAAACCUGGAUGAGGUAAAGAAUGGGCAUAUCACUGUAACUAGUAAAGGAACAAUGUCAGCAGACACUCAGGAAGAAAAAAUAUAUGCCACGGAUAUAGUUCAAGAUGAAGAAAAGGUAGAAAAUAUCCAAACUGUCCUUUCAUCUGACAAAUGUUCUCAUGUUAGCAUUUCGGAAGAUGAUUUGAACACAAAUGGAGACCACGAAGCACUAGAUUUGCAAUUAGUAUGCAAGUUUAGGGAAAUGGGAACUAUGACAUCACAGGUAGAAAUUUUAGCUACUCAAGACGCCGAAGUACAAGCUGUAGCAAAUGUAGAGAAUAAAUCUGUUUCCACUAGUCCAAGCAUAUUAGCUGCAUUUUUGAAGGCUAAUUCUCCAGUACUAAAGGAAAGACAGGAACAAGUAUGUAUCAUUUAUCAAGGUAACCCUGGAAACCCUCAGAUGGACCGUGCAAACUUUGCACUGCAUUCACAGCUCUCUCAAAACCACUUGGCUCCAAAAAAAUGUUUUCAGGGACAAGAUGCAAAGGGUUCACAGGCUCUACAAUUGCACACUAAAAGUCCUGCAGAUAUGGUACGGUCUCCUUUUCAGCAUCCUGAUCUAGCAAGGAACUCACAGGUUUUAUAUAGAAAUGAGAUGGACGGACAAGGGUUGUGUCAUCCAAUGCCACAAAUGCAAAUGGGUAAUGCUUCCCCAAUUCUAAUGAAUGUGAAACCUGUUUACCAAAUCAAUAUAGAUAACAGUACUCAGCCUAAAUCUGGCCAUAGAGCAAAAGAUUUGUUUGGCGAGCAAGCUCAAUUCAGAGCAGCCCAUGAAAUGGGUGGUAAAGCUAGGCUUCACCAUUUAAGUGGAGUAGAAAAUAUCCAGCUUCAUAAUAUUCGUCAAGAAAGUGAACAGACAGACACACUUACUGUUCCAGGUGAAGGUAGCUCAGAUCGUAAACCCUUUCAUUUUAAAAUAACAAAUGAACAGGGUUCCACCCAAGCUAUCAUCACCACUGACAUUAAAAAGCCAAAGAAGGAGGAGAGGCCAACCCCACUUCACGUUGAAGUAGAGGUUAACAGCAGUAUUGGGGCUACUGGAGGUCAGGUGGAAGAAGUACUUGAAGUCCUCAUUAGGAAGGAUCAGGAAGAUGGUGAGCAUGCCAAAAGGUCAAGCAGUAUAAGCUUGCAAACCAGACCUGCCUCUGAUUAUAACCAGGGUGCGGUUCAGCUCACUCCACGUUUAAGGAAAGCUAGAGAAGAUAAAAAGGAACCAAUUCUGGUCACUUUACCUACCUCUGAACCAGCUAAACCACACGGAAAAAAAUCAAGUCCAAGUUCAAGCGCAGAAGCAAAAAGCCAAGCAAAGCAGCAAACUAAAAGCGUGAAGGAUGUAGUCUGGGACGAACAGGGCAUGACAUGGGAGGUGUAUGGAGCUUCUAUGGACCCAGAAGCUUUGGGCAUUGCCAUACAGAAUCACUUACAGAGACAAAUCAGAGAACAUGAGAAAAUGAUUAGGGCUCAGCUAAAGCAAAACCGUAAAUCGAUUUGUUCAGACUCAUCAGGGAAAAAGCACAAAAGAAGACAGCACAGAGUAUUUCAAUCUAUUCUUAAGAAUUUUAGACGACCCAACUGCUGUAGUCACCCUCCUGCGUCAUCAGUGUUAGAGUGACUUUCUCUCGAGAUGUGAACAGUUUUCAUCCAUAUUCACAUCAUUCGGUAGUUUUUAUUCUUGCUUCUUUUUUUGCACUUAAGAAUGUUAUGGACAUUUUUUAUUUGAUUACGUACAAGGUUUAGGGUGACUGUCAGUUCACUCUGUUUUAUAAUGAAGUAUCACUUUACUUUGGUUUUCAUUGCUUGGUGGAUAAUAUAGAAUAAAGUCACUUGCCGUUUUCUUUAGUCAAUAUUUGAUACAGGUUUUAUAAAUGUUAAAUUUGUAUGGUCAUCACAAAAAAAAAUGAAAA